AUGAGGGACAGAGAUCACACACUUCAACAGAGACCAGAGACGGUGACAGAGAGAUAAUGUGCAGGAGCUCACUCUAAAAGUGUCUGUUGUCCUGCAUAUUGGUAUUUUAAGAGGAAAGAUUUUUUGUGACGGGCAUAUGUUGAACUCAAAAGAUUUUUUAAAAAGUGUAAAAGUGUUUUCUGGCUCUUUCGGUCCAAUGCAGCCAGCAGAGUAAGUGCUCAUUAAAAGUACAGCAGCGGCACAACAGCUGCGACGAUGUCAAGGUCUGAGGAGGCAGUCAGAGUCUGAUACAGCAAGCAAAAAAGAAAAAGACUUUUUUUUUUGGACUGGAGAAGCAGGGGCAGGUUCAACAGAAUUAGCAGCAGUGGUGAACACAAUCUGUAAAGGCUGCAGGCUCUGUUGUGUCUUCAUCCUCUACCUCCUCAUCCUCUGCUCCAGCUGCAACUUCAGCUCCUGCAGCAAACCAACAUAAUCAGAUCCUCAAAUUGUCCAGCGUCUGGCUCUCCCAUCUGCAGCAGUAUCAGGUCUCCUCCAUCACAGUUGUUGGGAUGGCGUCAGCAGCUCUGGAGCUGAUGGGCUUCUUCCUGGGCCUGCUGGGGAUGCUGGGCACCAUGGUUGCCACAGUGCUACCAUACUGGCAGAUUUCUGCCCACAUCGGCUCCAACAUAGUCACAGCUGUGGCCAACAUGAGGGGCCUGUGGAUGGAGUGUGUCUACCAGAGCACAGGGGCCUUCCAGUGCGAGACCUACAACUCCAUGCUGGCCCUGCCCUCCGACCUGCAGGCCUCUCGUGCUCUCAUGGUCAUCUCCAUUGUACUGUCUAUCCUCGCCAUAGCCAUGGCAGCCCUGGGAAUGCAGUGCACUCUCUGCUUGGAGGGCUCGGGUACAGUUAAAAGUCGUGUGGCAGGUGCCAGUGGGGGUUUAUUUCUCGCUGCAGGCUUCCUGUCACUCAUACCGGUGUCAUGGACCACACACGAGGUCGUGCAGACCUUCUACCAACCCAGUGUACCUACCAGCAUGAAGUUUGAGCUCGGGGAGUGUCUGUAUGUCGGUCUGGCCUCUGCGCUUAUCACCAUGAUGGGUGGAGCGAUGCUGUGUGUGUCAUGCUGCGAUGAGCAGAACGGCGGCCGCGGGAGACGGCACGGCGGAGGGUAUCCAUACCCAGUAGGAGGCGGCAUGCCAGGAACAGGGGUACGGACAACCUCACAGACCUACCACAACCCCACAAUGCAGGUGGGGGGCAUCAACGCAGCCAGCAGGAGGCAGACGCUGGUCCGCAGUACCAGUCACAGCUCCCAGUCCAGUGCACAUGGAGUCCAGGGGCCCAAAAAGCCCACUGCGGCAGGAUAUGACAUCACAGGAUAUGUCUGAGGUGACUGUCACUCCAUCACACCUUUAUAUGACAACUUACUUUCAGUUACAUGUAUUUAUGUAGUAUAUUUAAUCAAAUGUUGUCACUGUGUGCUUGACGGAGCAACAGGACAAAUUAAAUACACAACAUAAAAAAUGAGUCAAGAACCCAGCUUUUCACAGUGUGAUUGAUGGCCUUUGUGUAGCCUGAGGUGGGUCAUUUUUUUAUGGAAAGGUUGUCGAUUUAAGUGGAACUGUGGCGUUUCAGUGGAGGACAGUUUCAGUAAACUAUGACAACCAAAAACACAAUUAGACUGUUGCAGUUUUACAGUUUUACUUUUCUCCGUAAAAGUCUGAUCUUCUUGUAGGAUGUUGCACAUUACCUUGAUGCAACUCUUGUUAUGCAGAAAAGUCACAUUAAGUAAAAAGCUACACACAUGCACACUGAUGAAAAAUUAAACUACCCUUUGAUCAUAUUGUUUUAUUGUUUUCAUAAAGCAUGGCUGGCUCUGUCUGUGAUAACCGGGAGUUUUGUGUGCGUGCAGGACUGAAACUGUUGCAGCAAAGUGUGAAAAAUGAAACUCAUUUGAGGGUGCUCACAGCCUCACUGCUGCAUAUUCCAACUUUAAAUGUUCAUAAUAGUUUAGUAGCACUUGGUCUCUAUUUGCAAAGUAAACAAUGUUUUAAUGUAAAGAAUACAGUUCUACAUUACACAAAUACAUUUCCAAAGAUUUAUAUAGCGCUGCAGAAAUUUGCUGCAACAUGAAUCUCUGCCCGCUGUUUUUUCUAUAUGUCAAGCCAACAAAUGCAGUUAUUGUUUUUUGCUGCAUGAUGGCAAUUAGUAUUUUAAGAAAAUACAAAUAAUUAGCAAAAAUUUUGAAACUAUUGUGUGUUUAAAAUCAAUUAUAAGCAUGUCAAAAUUCUUUUCAAUUUGGUCUCAUGGAUUUUUGGGUAGCCUAAACAUGUUAGUAUAUCUAAGAACCAUUUUGACUUUCAAUGGAUUUUUAUUAAGUUUUCAUUAUUUGAACAGUUCAAUGUUGAUACUCAACUAUUUGUUGCAUUUGUGAAUAUUCGUCCUCGUUUUUCAGUGUAAAACCUGAACCGAACAUUUCUCACCGUACUGUACCACCUAAAACGCAGACACUGGACAAAAUUUAAUUGUCCUCCUAAUUACAAUUCAGAAACAAUAAGUUUUAAUGCUGUUUUCAUACCAAAUUAUAUUGUGCCUUAUUGUAGUGUGAAGAUGUUGUGUGUGUUUGGGUUGAUGUGCAGUUUAGCAUUUGCAGGCUGAAAUAUGAAUAAUGUUUUCUGGGUGUUGGUGCUCAGCAGUGGGGGUUUUGCCUGAACUUGGCAUGUUUUGGACGUAUAUUUAUAUGUAUAUUGUCAGAAGUGUGAAAAUCCAUUUGAAAAUUUUUUUUUUUUAACCAGUCUGAGGAUCUGUGUGCACCUGCAAAGUUGCCUGCAAACACUUCAUAUGUUCACAGUGCAAAAUGCAUUUCACUAUAUUGAAUACAUUGCUAAAAAAUCAAAAUCAUUGUGGUGUGUUUGAUGUUUUCUGCUGAUUAUCAGGGAUAUAUUCACAGAACAUAAAGCAUUUUUUUUUGUAAACAAA